GGCAGCUAGGAAAAUGGUGCGCAGCGACGAGAACGGCUCUGCGAAGCCUCCUGUCACCAUCUUGACCAACGGCGACCAUGCCAACAUCGAAAAAGCCGAAGCAUCGUCGUAUCCUGCUCUGCCAGACGAUGGAAACCCCCAGAGCUACGAGUUUGGCGCCUGGAGGGCGGGAGGCAUUCGCUUUGCUCCGCUGCGCAUGCCCUUCCCUCGCCGACUGCAAACCGCCGCUGUGUUUUACCACUGCAUGACCAUCGUUGUCUUGAUCUCCAUGUUCUGGUUCACUUGCGCCAAUCCUUUGACCUGGCCCAUCUUGGUGCCGUAUCUGGUGCAUCUGACCCUCUCCAACGCGGCCACAAACGGGAAGCUCAGCUAUCGAUCAGAGUACCUCCGGUCCAUGCCCCUGUGGAAGUUCUUUGCGGCGUAUUUCCCUAUGAGGCUGCACAAAACGCACAAUCUUCCGGCGGACAGGAGGUACAUCUUUGGCUAUCAUCCGCAUGGCAUCAUCUCGCACGGCGCCUGGAGCGCCUUUGGCACAAGUGCCCUAGGCUUCGAUGAAAAGUUCCCUGGCAUCACCAAUACUCUGUUGACGCUCGAGUCCAACUUUCGACUUCCUUUUUAUCGCGACUACAUUUUAGCAAUGGGAAUGGCCUCAGUGUCCAAGGAAUCCAUACGGAAUAUCUUGAUGCAGGGUGGUCCCAAGAAUGAUGGAAAAGGCCGCGCCGUUACCAUCGUCAUUGGCGGAGCCCGGGAAUCCUUGCAAGCUCAGCCAGGCACGUUACAGCUUAUCCUCCAGGGGCGGAAAGGCUUUGUAAAGAUGGCUCUGCGUACGGGAGCUGAUCUGGUCCCUGUCAUCGCCUUUGGAGAAAACGACUUAUACGACCAGCUUAGUCCGAAGACACACCCGAUGGUUCACAAGUUCCAAAUGUUUGUCCUCAAGGUGUUCAAGUUCACGCUUCCUGCUCUUCACGGUCGAGGAAUCCUCAAUUACGAUGUUGGUCUCAUGCCCUACCGUCGACCUGUCAAUAUCGUUGUAGGGAAGCCCAUCCGAAUCAACUCGGAGCCUUGUGAACAACCGCUCCAAGAGGAUGUGGAUCGUUAUCACGAGUUGUACGUCGAGGAGAUUCAAAAGAUAUGGGAUACUUACAAAGACCAAUUUGCCAAAGGUCGGACAUCCGACCUUGUUAUUUCCUCUUAAUUUGGCUUUUCUCACUGAUAUCUCGGCUUUUGGUUGCUCUUUUUCUUUGCUCCCCCCACCUUUCAGUGUGUGGUUUUAAUAAGUUUGGGAUAAGGAUAAUGGCUUACUGGACUUGGAUGCGUAAAACAGAAUGAAAACAGCAGUCUAUGGGCUGUCGUUAGCGAUGAAGUUGUCGAUGGCAUGUUGAAAUACUGGGGGCGUCAUGAAUUAUGAAUCAAUACAUUGCAAGGCAGGCCUUUGGUUAAGAUCUUGGGACCAUAGCAGCGUUCCUUCUUUUCCCCUCUUUUUCUGUUCUUCUCUUCUCUCUUUUGUGUUCUUCAGGCAGUUUUAUCACUCCUCUGUUAUCAAAUAGCUCUUGCAGUAGCUUUCAAUUUAUCUUCGUCCUCUUGAU